AGCGAGGGCCAAGGAAACCCUAUCUCUCCCCCUCCAUUACUCCCAAAGACCACGCGAGAAAUACCAAACCCCUAACCCCAUCCAUGAAUCCCUUCCACCCAAUCCGAGCGCCCUAUCCUCCCUUCCCCGCUCGCCAUGGCGGCCCUGCCCACCUUCUCCUCCGCCUGCUCUCUUCCUCGGUCGCUCCCCGUCCCCCCCGCCAGCAUCAGGAGGUCCGGAUUCCGCUGCGGAUCCAUCUUCGGUGAUAACGAGGAUUACUAUGUGGACGAGCCGGAAUCGGCCGGGGAUGGGUUCUUUUUCAGCGGAGGAAAAUACUCGGACGGGCCGAGCCGAUCUGAUGAAUGGUUUGCUCAAGGAAAAAUGGUAAAAGCUUAUCCUGUGUAUGGCGGAAAAGGGAAAGCAAAGGAUCCAGUUUUUGGUCUUACUUUGGGUGCUGGUUCACAGUCUGAAGCAGACUUAUUCAGAUGGUUCUGUGUGGAAGCCGGAAGUUCAUUGAACCCUAAAGUUAUUUUAGUUCAUGGUUUUCCAUCACAGGCAUACUCAUAUCGUAAAGUUCUUCCCGUGCUGUCUGAAGAUCAUCAUGCCAUUGCUUUUGAUUGGCUUGGUACGCUACUGCAGAUUCAAGUCCCUUGGAAUUAUUGUUGUUUUGGGUUUUCUGAUAAGCCUCAGCCUAGAUAUGGAUUCGACUAUACUUUGGAUGCUGCAGAAUAUGUUUCGGCUCUGGGAUCGCUUGUCGAUGUCCUUGUUCCAGAUAAAUUUUCCUUGGUUGUUCAGGGCUAUUUUUCUCCUGUAGUUCUUAAAUAUGCUAGCUGUCAUCAAGAAAAACUGACAGAUCUUGUACUCAUAAAUCCCCCUCUGAUGGAGAAUCAUGUGAAGCUGCCCUCAUCCUUGGCUCUGUUCAGCAACUUUUUGUUGGGUCUAAUUAUCUCCCAGGAUCCUCUCAGUGCUAGUGAUAGGGCAUUGACCAGUUGUGGACCAUACAUGAUGAAAGAAGAAGAUGCGAUGGUUUACAGAAGGCCAUACCUCACUUCUGGUUCUUCUGGUUUUGCUCUAAAUGCAUUAAGUGGAGCCAUGAAGAAGGAGCUGAAGGCUUAUGUUGAAGCCAUGAGGACAACACUAGCUAGUGAGACAUGGAAAACUCGCACCACAAUUUGCUGGGGUAUGAGAGAUCGUUGGCUAAGGUAUGAUGGUGUCGAGGAAUUUUGCAAAGCUUCAAAUCACAAGCUGGUGGAGCUCGCUAUGGCAGGGCAUCAUGUUCAGGAGGACUCAGGUGAAGAACUUGGUAGGAUCAUAUCACAAAUUAUCAGCAAGAGAAAAUAACUUCAUUCUCUUGUAGUAUAUAUAUCAUCUUACAUGGGGCAAAGAAAUCUCCAAGUGAGUAAGUUGUUGGGUGAUUAUAUUUUUAGUUUGUUGGAUUCGACAAACUAAUGUGUGUAGACCGACUAAAAUGAGAAAGAUUAUUAUCUAUUAUUAUUAUUUCAUGUA